AAGGUUGACCUCCUUUGCAGCACAGGAUUUAUUGUAUGGAGCGAGUUCUGGCAGGUCAUUUUGGAUUUGGACAAGAGCUUAGGAGGGCUGAAGGAUUCAACUGGGUUGAUGGGUAAGAAGGUGUUUGAUCUCUACCAUUUUAAUGGAAUUGCAAAAUCAGAUCUGAAUGGAAGCCAGGUAAGCUCUGGAGGCGAGACUCCAGUUCAAAGACCUAGGCUCACAAAAUUGAGGGUGUCGGUUCCUCCAAGAUGGACUCCCGAAGAAUAUAUGACAGAUGUGGCGGUGUCCUCUGGUUCUGGUGGUAAUGAAUCUGGAGGGAAAGUCACAGAAAUUGCUAAGCCAGAGCCUUCUCAGCAUGCACCUCUGGUGGACUGCAUAAGAACACGCUGGCCCCGUGCUGUCUGCAAUUGGAUAGGGUACCCGCCUAGUAUAGUCUGAAAUGUUUGCCAAUCUUAUUUGGGUACGGUUUGUUGUACUUUUAUUGUUGGAAGCACGCAGAGCUCAUUAUUUAAGAAAGCUAGAGUGAUGAGCUUGUGUGGUUUGGAGUGCCACCAUUAAGAUAUAGAGAGGGUUCGUCUAAUGUUUGGACAAUGCCGAUGGCGUUCUCUAUGUGCAUGCCGCAGCUUCAACAAUCAAUUCGAUUUUGAUUUGUCAACAUGUUUUCGGAGGGGGAAAAACUGUUGUGAAGUUUAUUGUCAAUCCGAAUUGUAAAAUUAAUUCAUAAUUAUCCUUGUUGGGUAGAGUUAUCAGUUCUUGGGAAGGUCUUCAAUAAACAAACAUCAAGUUUGUCUCGUCGAAAUUGUUGUAAUGAUUCUUCCUGAAUUACUGUUGUUACAGUAGGAAGUUUUCCAUGUCUUGAUAUGUUACAUAUGUAUUCCUUCUCUUGAACCUUAUUCCAAUAUUAAAAGCUAUAUGCUUUUUUUGAUGA